AUGGGGAAAGAUUUCUUCAAAUAUCUAUCGUCGGAAAUCGUAUUAGAUAUCCUCUCAAGAGUCCCGACUCGAGAAGCUAUGGCGUGCAAGUGUGUUUGUAAGCCAUGGCUCGGUCUGCUCGCUAUUCCUGAAUUUGUGAAUUCACACCUGUCGAGAUCAGUCCUGGGGAUUGCAGUUGAAACACGUGCACAAUCGUACAAAAUGGAUGAAUUUGUGGAUGAGGAGCAUCGUUGGGACACUUUGCUCGUGGUGAUCUUAUCUUGUGCAAUCCGAUCACACUGUGACUAUAUCAAGCUCCCUUCUCCGCGACAAACCACCCCAAAAGUUGAGUUUGACAUGGAGAAUUUUGGAUUCGGGGUGAGCAGAAUGACCGGCCAAUAUAAGGUGGUUAGGAUUUUCGGUGAAAAACCAGCAGAGGAGUACGAAUAUGAGUGCCAAGUAUACACUGUUGGAACUGGAUCGUGGAGAAAAGUUCCCUUUAGUGACUCCCUCAGGUUAUGUGACGAUGUUGGAGGGGUGCUUGUGAAUGGGAAUCUUCAUUGGACCGUCAAGGAAACAAGAAGAGGCUCUGGUGAAUGGAUUUGUUGCUUUGAUCUUGAAACGGAACUUUUUAGCACCUUCCCUGCACCUCCUCUUCCUAGUAGUACAGGUUUUUACUCGAGUAGGUCACUCUGUGUUUUGCGGGAUUGCCUUUGUGUAAGCGAUAUUUCAACCACCGAUGGGUGCAUUAUAAUCUGGUUGAUGGAGGAAUACGAGCACAGUUGGACAAAGAUAUUUGUCAUCCCUGGUGUUGAUAGACUUUGUGAGAGCGGCAAAGAUGAAUGGCUUUUUGGUUUUGUUGAUGUUUGGCCUAUUAGAAUUUUCAAAAAUGGUGACGCCUUGAUGGAAUGGGAGGAUGGCACGCUAUUCUGCUAUUCAAAUAAGACGAAAACUUUUGACUACGACAUUGUGUCUUGA